CAAGGACACGCGCCUCCCCUGGAAGGUAUAAAGGCAGACUGAUUUCUUCUCAAAGAUAAAGUGGACGCGUGAGUGCACUUUGACUCGUUCUUUCUGGGCUCUCCAUAAACCGCUUUUUUGCACCCAGAAUGUUCUCCUCCGUAGGUCUAAAAAAUGUAGGGAAUAAGCGACACGCAUUAUGAUGCGUUGUAGUGAUUCCACUAGAAAACUGAUGUAGAGUAUUCCACGAGAAAACUUCAAAAGACAUGGAUGUGAAUGAAACGCUGUCUCCUGCGCUCAAUAACUUAUUUGACUUAACAGUUUUAUCGCAUAAACUCCUGGCUCCGUUGAAUCGCUCUCAACUUCCUGCGGACAAUGACACGCUCCCUGAGUUAGAGGACAGUUUAGACGUCAACACGGAUAUCUACUCCAAAGUCCUGGUCACGGCGAUCUACAUUGCGUUGUUUGUGGUCGGCUGCUUGGGGAACUCAGUCACGCUGUACACUUUGUUCAGAAAGAAAUCUCUCCGGAACCUGCAGAGCACCGUGCACUACCACCUAGCUAGCCUCGCGGUGUCCGACCUCCUCAUACUCGUGCUCUGUAUGCCCAUCGAGCUCUACAACUUUAUCUGGAUCCACCAUCCGUGGGCGUUCGGUGGCGCCGUCUGCAAAGGCUACUACUUUUUGCGGGAUGGCUGCUCCUACGCCACGGCGCUCAACAUCGCCAGCCUAAGCGCCGAACGCUACAUGGCUAUCUGCCACCCGUUCAAGGCGAAGAGCAUCAUGUCCCGCAGUCGGACCAAGAAGCUGAUCAGCGCUAUCUGGGCGGCGUCCUUCCUCCUCGCCACGCCGAUGCUGUUUACGAUGGGGCUACAUCACGUGGGAAAGGAGAUGAUCUGCACCACGACCGCAAGCACCAUGACCGCCAAGACCGUAAUUCAGGUAAACGCCCUCCUGUCGUUCGUGGUGCCCAUGGCGAUAAUCACCGCACUCAACAGCAUCAUCAGCCGCCAGCUGCUGCGCAUGUUCCACCAGGCCGCGCAGGACUGCCGCCUCGGUGUCGUCGGGGGCAAUGUCGCCACACUCAGUAUCGCUGUGGAGACCAACCGAGUGCGAUCGCUGCGCCACGGGGUCAACGUCCUGCGUGCUGUGGUUCUGGCUUUUGUGGUGUGCUGGUUGCCAUACCACGCACGUCGGCUAAUGUACUGCUUUGUGACAGAGUGGACAGACGGCCUCUAUGACUUCUACCACUACUUCUACAUGGUGACCAAUGUGCUGUUCUAUGUCAGUUCUGCCAUAAACCCUGUCCUCUACAAUCUGGUCUCUGCCAACUACCGACAGAUCUUUUUCUCUACAUUCCACUACUGCUGCCUCCCAUGUUGCUGGGGGACCCAUCACCAGGAGCAUCUGCAGCAGCAGCAGCAGCUCCACCCACUGGCCAGGCAGUGUAACAGUACCUCCAGUAGCCACACCCUCUCCACCAACAAUGUCAAGGAGACAAUGUACUGACAUGCUUGCUCCCUCUUUCUUUCUCUCUGUCCUUCAGCAAUCCAUCCCCACUUGCUUGCUCAUCUGCCCAAGCUUGGCCCAGCAUCACGCAUCUGGCACUCAGGCCCAAAAUGUUUCAGUAAACAAUGUAAACAAGUCAACGGAUCCAGAAUGCAAAGCAGCUAACAGAAUCCAUUUAUUUUCCAAUCUGGACCAGAAUGCAAACCAGCUAAUGGAAUCCAUUCAUUUUCCAUUCUGGACCAGAAUGCAAAGCAGCCAACAGAAUCCAUCUCAAUCAGAAGCAGGCCAAGCCCUGAACUUUCACAGCUACAGGUCAAACAGUUCAUAUAUACUCAUUUGUGAACCUAGAGAAACGGCUGCAAGUGAGCAAACGCAAUUCGCAGGCAGCUCAUGCAUCACACUCUGCACCUGUUACGCUCAACACAUCUGUCUCAAUAAAGCAGAUGGUCUCACAAAUGCGAAGUUUUCCAAGCAUGUGUAAAUACUGUAACAUUUAUUUGUGCGUAUGUAGGGAUAAUGACGCUGUUGGUGUGUGGACGAACAAGUUGAACGCAGACUGUGUGAGAUUGGGAGAGCUCGUUUUCAAAGGGCAGCUCUCCGUGGGAGAUCAGCGGCUCUGCUCAGUCAGCUGCAGUAAUGAUGCGAGUCAGAGCGUCGCUCCACGGUGCCCUUACAAACCCAACAGGGACCCUGGGACUGAAUGGAAGCACUCCAGCUAAUGUGCGUCAUCCUGAGCUCCAACUCAUGAAGGAACACUGGCAUUACAAUUACAGCGUCUCUGAGGAAGCAACGAUAAAAAGAUGACCAGGCAGAAGGGACAAUUUGGAUGGGAAUGGGGGAGAGAGAGGGAGGAGGGGAGAAGAAAUUGUAUUAUUUUUUCAUGAAAGCUUAUGCUAUUGUGUUUGAUUACUACUUUUUAAAUGCUAGCAAUGGCUCUUGGUCUUGUGAUGCAAAAAAUGGCUAAACGAAAGCGCUACUCAUACCUGGUCCUGGAAGAAGAGGAAACAGCAUCAUAUGCUGGCUGGUGAGCUUCAGGCCUCCACCUGAAGCAAUUAAACCACACCUGUCCCAAUCAGUCCCUCUGAGCCCUCAGUCAAAGCGCUGUCAAUAUUUAUUAUGUUUAUUUAUUGACUUAUUAAUCUGGCAAACACCCUUACUGGGGAGGCCCAGCGGUGCAGACACAGGAGUGCAGAUCAUAACUGGCCUGUGUUCUCAGUCCAGUUACCCAUCUCAGGUCCCACUGACUAGCGAGUGCUCUUCCCUCCCAAACAUGGCUGCCACUGCCUCAACCUCUGCAGCCCACCAGCGCAGCGGGCACAGCGCAGAGGAGUCGUCAUUGACAACUGGGGCGACAUAGCUCAGGAGGUAAGAGCGGUUGUCUGGCAGUUGGAGGGUUGCCAGUUCGAUCCCCACACCUGGUCAUGUUGAAGUGUCCCUGAGCAAGACACCUAACCCCUAACUGCUCUGGUGAAUGAGAGGCAUCAAUUGUAAAGCGCUUUGGAUAAAAGCACUAUAUAAAUGCAGUCCAUUUACCAUUUACAACUGUGGGGGCAGGUACCUGCUCCUCCCGCGGCCAUGUUAAGGCACCACAGGGCUGACACAGUGACAGCUGGGUUCCAGACUGUAGGGACCCCCUGUUUGUAAACCCCUGAUGUCGAGUCUGUGUACUGCAUCUGGUUUAGCUGGUAGAUCAGGUGCAGUCUCACUGUUUUGGUAUGAUAGUAACUGCUGCUGUCUUGUUUUGUGUCUGUGUGUGUGUGUAUGUGUGUGUGCAUGUAAACUUUCUAUUCAAAAUAAUUAUUUCAUUACUGAUGCAUGUAUGUUUUUAGACAAAUAAAUUGCUAGGAUUUAGA